AUGCCUCAUGCUGAAUCGCCAGAGCCAGAAAUCCCCAGCUUCGAUGGCAAGAAGCUGUAUGUGAACGAUGGACUGCUCCAUCCUGAGCAAGUAGGGCCUCUCAGACAAUCUUCUCCAGAUCUUCCGGUUGAGGAGCUUCGCAAGCGUUAUGAAGAAGAUGGCUACGUGUUUCUGAAAGGGCUGUUACCCCGCGAGGACGUCCUGAAGGCCAGAGAAGAGUAUUUCAACAGGCUUGCCCCCAGUGGUGUACUGAAACCCGGAACUGCACCAGUCGAGGGAAUCUUUGAUGAUGGCAAGGAUGCUGCCGACUAUCCUGGUAUAGGUGCCGGCGCAUCUCCAGGGAAUGGCAGGCCUGGAGCUGGUACUGCAGAGGUGUUCGUCGAUCUCGCAUUGCAGGCGCACUACGACGAAUGGUAUAAGGAGAGAUUCUGCAAGCAUCCGGUGCUCAGAGAUGCAAUCGCACGUAUUUCGGGUUGGGGCGAAGACACACUGCCAGUGCGAAGGAGUCUGCUAAGGAACAAUACGCCUGGCAACAAAGCAAUUGGAGUGCAUUACGACCAGAUCUUCUUGAGACACGGAGAGCCAACCAGCUUCACUGCAUGGGUUCCUAUGGGUGACAUUAGUUUGACUGGGGGAGGGCUAAUUUACCUCGAGAAUGGCAAUAGUUUGGGUCGGGAGAUUGAAGCUGACUUUGCCCGGAAGGCGAAGGAGAGCGGGCUUUCAGACGAGGAAGCCAAGAAUGCUUUCAACCAAAAUAUGCUCUCCACAGGCCUACUCGCCGAUGGGCCGAAAGAAUACAGUGAGACGUUUAGGAAAAGGUGGCUCGUGACUUCUUAUGAAGCGGGGGACGUUGUCUUGCAUACGCCGUACACUAUCCAUGCGUCAACAAUCAAUUUCGACCCCUGUAACGUCAUUCGCGUCGGGACGGACCUGCGAUUUGUGAACGGAAGCAGACCUUGGGACAAGCGAUGGGACAAGGACUAUGAGUUCAAUGACGGCGUUUAAGU